UCUGCCGGUGUUUACACUAAUAAAUUGAGAAUACAUGAAGAUAAAAAUAAGUGAAAAUGAUUAAAAUAGCGGCAUUGAAUACAGAAACGGAAGAAGAUAGCGGUUCAGAAGAGGAGGUUUCCAGAGAAGCUUUAGAACAAAUAGCAUUGCAGCAGUAUGCCAAGGUAUUGGAAUUACAAAGGAAUGGUAACCUGCCCGAUGCUACGCAACUCAUCAAAGAUCUAUUGGACACUGAAUUAUUAUACGAUGUCAAGAAACCAGCGCCUGGUGAAAAAAUAACUGGACCAUUAUACAAUUUAAAGUAUGUGUGUUACAAGAAUCUCGCUGGAAUGCUCAGUGCUUCAGGUGAGUUAGAAGGAUCAAUGGAUGCGUAUACCUCGGCAUCAGAGCUCGAUGAUACGGAUGUAACUCUUUGGCAUAAGCUGGGCUUAGUAUGUUUACGUGCCAAACAUUACGAGCGCGCAUUGUACGCUUUCGAACGGGGUGUGGAAAUAAAUCCACGACAUUGGCCAUGUAUCGAUAAAAUUGUUACACUCCUCCUUGGAUUAGAUUUUAAAGAACAAUGUAUUGCUGUCAUCCAUGAUGCUCUUGAACUUGAUCCUGGUUAUUUGAGAGGAAUAGUUUAUCGUCGGCAUAUUUAUACUGUAUUCCGCCACAUGAAAGAUUAUAUGGAAUACUUACAUCCCAUUUACAAGUGGGAUCUAAGCAAAGAUGAGCCAGUUGAUGAAAAAAUUGCACAAAAAUUGUUAAAAGAAGCCGAUGAAAUAUAUGAAACAUUUAUAGAGCAACAGAGAGAAACAAAAUUUACAUAUAAAAUGCCUGAUCUCACAUUGCAAAAGCCUAUAUCAAAUUUAACAUGGGAAUCAGUUGGGGAAUCUUUAGUUCACAUGCACCGUUACAUAACAGAGAAUGCGCUGAGUCAUGCUGCAUUCAUUCAAUUGGUUUAUGAGAAAGAAGUAAAAGAAGAGAAGAUGGAAGUAUGUGAAGAAGCACAGGAGAGUGAUAGCACCAAAUUGGCAGAUAAUAAACCAGAUGAAACUGCCACAGAUACAGAUAAAAAUACAGAUAUUGUUACAUCUGAAAAUGAAAACAAUGAUAUGUCUGAUAAAGAAAAACCAGCAACGGAUAAUGAAAAAGUAGAGAGUGAUAUUGAAAUAAUAAAUGUAGAUCAGUCAGCUGAGACUACAGCCGAACAGAAAGCACAGAAAAAGGCACCAGUCAGAAGACGAGGCAGUGCACUAAGCUUUCUAGAACAAUGGGUGUGGUGCAACAAACGCAGGUCUGGUCGCAAAAAAACAAAGCAAGAUACAAUUUAUGAUAUAUUACGCAGAAUGGUUCCUGAAUCUCUAGUACCAGAGUUGAUUAAGAAGAAAGAAAAUGAAACAAGAGAAACGUCUCCCACUGACUUAACAAAAUUGUUUGAGGAAAAAGAUAAAGACCAAGAAAAAUCCUUUGAAAAUGAUGAAUACUUUAAUACAGAAGCUGAACAGAAAGAUGUUAACGCAUUUAUUAACAAGUACAUGGAAGAUAGAAGAGACAUCAUUGACAUGUUGAAGGAUUAUUUAAAGAUUCUCUCACAGAAAUGGAAAUUACAAUGGCCAGAGAACCUCAUAAAAUAUUUUAUAGAGGCCAAUGAGUGUUAUAAUAACCACAUAGAUGUUCCAGCUUGUACUGAUGACAAUAAUGAAGAUCUCCUACAUUAUAUAACUGUUAAUUUAUUAGUUGAAGAAUUUUGCAUAAAUAAAAAAUUGAAUACUAAAUCAGAAGAAGCAAUAUCACAUUGCUUAAGUGUUAUAAACCACAUAGAAAUUAUACUUACUUUCAAACCUCAAAUAUUUGAAAGUGUGGAAUGUCUAGAAGUAAUACUAAGGCAGUUGUGGAUAAAAUUGCACAUCUACAUUCUAAACAAAGAGGAAGAUUUCGCUUUAGACUGUUUGUACCAAUUAUUUGAUCAAUUUGAAGCCAUGGGGGAACACAAAAGUUCCUACCGUUUGGAAAUUAUUAACUUUAGCUUUAAACCAAUCAUAAAUGAAAAUGAAGUAGUGGAGUAUAUAAAGUUUUUGGAACGGAAUAAAAAGUUAUCAACAGUUAAUGAUUUGUACAAUCGAAAGUGCUAUGAAGAAGUACUGGCAAUUAUAACUGAUUCAUUUGAGCAUUGUAAGAUAAUUGCUAAAGAACAAGAGGAAGAAAUGUCGUUGGAUUUUGCAGUACAAUUAACUCUUAUCUUAGAAACUUACUGGGCUCUUAAUAAAGUAGAUGAUUGUUUCCGUUGGUCAUUUAUAUGUUUACAUGAAGCAUUAAAACAUUACUUUAGAUACACAUCAGGCUCAGCAGAUUAUGAGAAAUGGACUCUAACUAUUGUUAAAAUACUCACUUGUAUGGAACAUAUACUUGAAACAGAAGGCUAUUAUUGUUUAUCAGCUGUAUCCCAAAAGGAGUUGAGUCAGGGACUUGAAGAUAUUAUAAGAAUUAUAGGCCAUCAAAUGGAAACAAAUACUUCUGACAUGCCAUUUGAUACAACUUCUCCUUGGAUCAUAAUGCACUAUAUUUUACAAAGAGAAGAAGAUCAAGGUAGAGGGAGAGUAACAACUGACAAAGAAAAAGCUGAACUAGAAGAAGAUGUCUCAGAUCCUUUAAUGUUAUUGUUCAUUGCUCAUGAACAGUUGGGAAGUAGAGGUUGGUGCACUAAAUCUGAUGGCAAACUCUUACAUUUUAUUUUGGAUUCAAUUGUCCCACUUCUGCGUACACCCGCUCUAUCUAAAUGCUUAGAACAAGUUAGACAAUACCUAGAGCAAUGUGUUUAUUGUCUGUAUGGGCAUCCUGAGAGGAAGCAAAAAUUAAAAUAUAUUGCAGACCACAAUGCUACUGCACAAACAUUAAAUUGGGCUAAAGCACAACAAAUAUAUGAGAUUUACAGACCAUUACAACUACCUGCUUUAGAAGGAAAAUUGUCUGGUAUAUCGGCUGAUACAGAAUUGUUGUUUCAUCGUAUUUUGGGCUUAUUGCCUCCAGAAUGCGACCCACAAAAAUAUCUUCCGCAGUUAGAGAAAUAUAUCAAAGGAGUAGAGAGCAAACUACCAGUCUUUCCUCCACUUUUACCUUUUAAAAUGAAAGAUAUUUAUUUCCUAAUUGGCGAUCACCAUUUUAAAAAAGAAGAACGCGAUAUGUGCAUUAAAUAUAACAUGUUAGAUAUAAUAAUAAAUAGAGAUAGAUUUAUAUCGUGGGCACAAAUAUCACUAGCAAAAGCCUUAAAUCUAGUCAGGAUUUUAAAUUCUUGUCAGAAUCUAAAUAACGAAAGGGAGUUCCUAACACCUGCUAAAUCAACUUUGCGAUGUUAUCAACGGUCGUUAGAAUUAAAGCCGGAUAGUAGUAUAUUGACAGAAUAUGGUAACUUUGCCUACGCAGUGCAUUCGUUUUGCUCGCGACUCUUAAAACAAGCCAGUGAAUUGUUAAGUAUGGAAGAUUUCGAAGCUCUCGAGAGACAGAAAGAAGAUUUGCUUGAUACCACACAAAAAUGUUUCACUACUGUUCUUUACGACAAUACAAUUGAAAAGGCUAAUGACGAAUACUGGUUAUUUUAUUACAUGUUAGGCAAAGUUGCAGAAAAACGAAACAAGCCUCCCUCCGUUUAUUUGGAUUAUUACAUGAAAGGUGUUAAAAGUUUACAAGAAACUGGUGCUACAUAUCCAUCAAAAAUAAGCUACAGUUCAUCAACAAAUUUCUGUUUAGAAGUUCUUGAAUUGCAUUAUAGAAUACACGCCUCUAUUCUUAAAUACAUUGAACAACACGAAAAUAAACCUAUACCAGCUGCUGUUGGAAAAGUGUUCUUAAGCUGUAUUGAGGAAUGGCAACAAGGACCUUUUAUAAGAAGAUCGAAAAAAGAUAACACUGAUGGAGAGAACGAAAAGUCCGACGAACCCUCAAUACACGCAGCUAAUAUCUUAAAACGUUCGAUUAGCGACGCAGGAGAAGAAGAUAACCAAGAAGGUAAAAGAUUAAAAUUAGAAGUCGCUGCUGCAAAGGUACGUCGAUCAGCCUCAUGUGAUACGGAACGCAUUAAAGAGGCGGCGCAGAUGCAAUUUCAGAGCACAACUGCUACAGAUCCAGCUGCCGUUAAAGAUACAGUACAUCAAAAUAGUGAACAAGCACCGAUGACAGAUGUGAACGUAAAAGACAAAGAGAAACAAGAAACUGUCGAAGUCGAUGCAGUAAAACCAAACACUGAGAAGCAAAUUGAAGUUACAACUGACAAAAAAGAGGAAAGUUCCAGUUCCUCGUCAUCGUCAUCUUCAGAUUCGAGUAGUAGUGAUUCUUCAUCUGAUAGUAGCACUGAUUCUGGUAAAGAUAGUGAUACUUCAAGUAAGUCUUCGCAAGAAUCGAAACCGCUUACUGAUGAAGAAAUUAUGAAAAUAGUUUUGGGAUGUCAAGAUGCUUUAGAGGAUUGUGCAAGUCGUUUCGCGCCACAUUAUAAAGCUAUUUAUAGACUUGGCCACUAUCACUUUUAUUACAAGAAGGGUAAGAAUAUCGAGAGGUGUCGUGAUCUCAUGCUCUCUUCGUUCACGUGUAGAUCGGGUAAAAAGUUAAGUGGUUUAUUCAGUGAGAGAAGAAACAAUAAUUUUUUCAACAACAUUUGGAAAAUAAAAUUAGAAGAAGUAGAUAGGGCGGGCAGCUUUGCUUUUCAUAUGAAUCGUUCUGUUUUACUCACAAUGGAAAUACUGAAAGAAAUAGAUGAUCACAAAACUUUACUCGACUUGAGCAUAAAUCUACAAAAAAUACCCGAUGCAGAUAAAAAAUACUUACGAGAUUCAGAUCGAGAAGAUCUCGCCCAGCAAGCUAUUUCAUUAUGUGUACAAUCAUUAAGAGGACAAGUGGUUAAGUUUAGCCAACAGCCUGACUUAAAAAGUAAUGAUGUGGAACGUGAAGCUCUCAAAAGUUUGAUGUUGGACAUUUUUCGUGCGUAUCAACGUGUUAUAAAACUACCCAAUUCCACAAACAAUUCUACAUCCACUAAACAAUUUUCAAACCUCUUAAUUGAUGCUUAUAAAUUACUACGAACUACACCAGUUACCGAAAAUAUGAAUUUACUAGAUUUAGCUCUAAAGUAUGGUCAUUCAUUAAAACAACAGGCUGCUGUUGCGAGUUUGGAGAAAAGUCAGAAUUUCCAGAAAAAACAAGGUAUUAAAUCAGCUGAAAACACAAAAAGUGCGCCUAUUCCAACUCCACAGAUUAGAACGGACACUAAAUCGCAGCCAAUUACUGCUACUGCUUCAACUUCGUCUGCUCUACCGAAAAUGUCACCGCAUGAUAUCACUGCGGCGUUCCAAAAUUAUGUACCUUUUAUAAGUGAUUACCUAAAUGCUCUACAAAAUAUUUCUUCACUACAAGCCCCUCUACCGGCUCUACCCAUACAAAAUUCAUUUCAAGCUGAAUUUUAUAGGCAAUUUCUGGGCCAGAGUCUCUCAUCAUAUAACUUACAACUACCAAAGCCAAAGCAAAAAAGGGGGCCCAAGCCAGGGUCGACAAGAACGACUGUAUCAUCGCAAUUGAAACAUAAAUCGUUCACGGGGGUUAUACCUACAACUAAAGCGACACCUACACCCGUUAUUACAAGUCUACAAAAGUCGGCGUCAGCUUCUUUGGCACCAAGUAUGGGAACUGUGCUACCAACCUUACCAGCUUCGAUGACCGUAAAUUUACCAGCUUUUACCGGUCAUUCCUCCCUACUCACUUCUCAUGUUAGUACAAGUAGUGUUCCUCAAGCACAUAUGUCUACUACUUCAACAGUGAACACCGCUAUUCACUCAAAACCCCCAUUACCACAUCAACAGGUGAGCCCUGGUAAGACAUUGCAGGAAAAAUUGGCUGAACGUCAAAAGAUAAACCCUUCUGUCUCAAAAAAUUUAACAGCUGAUGUGAGUGCAUCGAUCAGUCGACUGCCGUCGUCGCUCACGAUUACUAAAACAUUGAAACAAACUUUACCUGCUAAAAAACCGGAAGCGAAGAAAACGCUUACAUUCAAUGAACCUGAAAGACCUAAACCUAUUACGUCAGAUGAAAUAAUAAUUUUAGAUGAUGAUUAAUUAUUAUUAAUACACUACCUACAUACUAUUAUAUGGUUUUGUCACACUAUUUAUUUAUGAUAUUCUAUUGUAAAUAUAAUUAAUACGUUAA